AUGAUGACGUUGGUCGAAUCGAAAGCGGAAUUCGAAAUUACAAAGAGAUCGAUGGAGGAUGAGUCUGAAAUUAAGGAUGCCGUAUUUUACAAUGUUACCGUACCCUUUGUCGAGACUUUUGUUCUCAAAAAUCCAGGAGAUUUUUGUAUUUCAAGAACAAUUGAUGGAGCAUUCUAUUUGUCGAUUGUCGCAAAUAAAAAGGAUAAAAAAGGAGGAGUUCGUGUGGUGAAUCUUCGUGUCGAAGAUUUUGAAAAAGAGGUCGGAAUUCCUGGAUUGAUAUUCGCGCGUGCGGACACUCUUGCUCAGCUGAUCUACCAAUUGAAACAUGAGAAUAUGGACAUUCUCAGUGGAGUUUUGGAGGAGAAGUUGACGAUGAAUCGUUUGUUGGGACCUCAGGUCACUGCGAUGCAUAACAUUCUUCAGACUGGAAAAUCGGUGAAAGUUCAGAGAAAACUCUCGCAGGACACGACGUCUCCGAUCUACAUCGGCGAGAUGAAAUUUUCCGAUGGAAAAAUCAAGGAGGCAGUUUUCGAGGAGAUUCCAGGAGGUGGUCAGAAUCCCACUGAGCUGAAAACGUUCUUCGAAAAACUGGUCAAUUCGCGCACCCGUAAUUCCCGAAGAGGCGUCAAUGCGAAAAGUCUUCGCGGGAAGAAUCUUCCGAUUCGUAUUCCAAUUGGAGCGAUUAUGAACCCGCCCACUUUGAUCUAUGAAUUUCGUAGAAACAACAAGUUGGAAGUCGGCUGUAAUCUCGAGGAUUUCUUGUUCUUCCAUCAGAAUCGGCUUGACUUGACUCAACGGAUCAAGAUUUGCUCGUCGGCCGUCCGUGUUCUCUCAGAACUUCACCAUGCUGACAUCUACCACGGAGCAUCUCAGCUAGAGCAUUUCUACGUGGAUUUCGUCGGACUCACGAACGAGGACAUCAAGUAUUAUGUACUUGUUUUUAAUGGAGCCAGCGGAUUGAUUUGCGAGGGAAAAUCCGACAACUCUGUGUCGGUUGUCGACUAUGAUUCAACUGCUCCUGAGGUUGCAUUCACUAGAAAAUUGACGAAGGAGAGCGGAGUUUUUAAUUUGGGACGUCUUUUCGAGCAGAUUCUGAAGCCGGAUCUGUUCAAGUCGUAUAGUGAAUCGAAUGAGGGAUCGCCGGAAUCCCUGACCGAAAUGCGUCGUCUGAUCUCCCGUGCCACGCACCCCAACCCGACUCGUCGCCCAACAAUGCAUGGAAUUGUUAUGAUGAUUCGAGAUGUUCUCUUGAAGGCUCCGAAAUCGAGCUCUCCCAUCUGUAUGAUCCAUUUCGAUCAGUUCACCAACUGA